AAUAGCUAUGUCCUGUCAAAGCCAAGCAGUUUGUAUUGUUAUUACAGUUCCUUACAUGGCUCCAGCAGUGUAAGAUGGCACAAAUCAAGUGUGAGACAUCAGCAAGAAACUUGCCUGAAAUCGUCCAGAGCAUAGAAAGACAGGAGGAUGGAAACCAGAUAAACUAAGGGCCCAAAAUGAGAAUCUGCCUGCUCUGCUUUACAGGUGAGAGCGCAAACCAGGGAUUAAGAUGGCUUGGCUGGGUUAGAUGGUCAGCGGCUGCGUUGCCUGUCACAGGGAACCCCUAGCUGCUGUCGAGUGCUUUACAAGCAAGCCGUCCUUACCGAGCUGAAUAAACCUUGAGGAAGAAGCUUGCUGUGGACCUCAACUAAGGCAGGAGGUACGAGAACAGGACGUAGCAGAGCACAACACGGAGUUUUGGUUUACACCACUGCUGAUAAAAGUCUUUAUCACCUGCUCCCUGCAAGGCAAGCUGCAGGGCUGCUUCCCUUCUGUAGCAGCUGUGCUGGAGAACUGCUGAUGAGGAACAAAAUGGGAGCUACUGAGCAAUCAUUUGGAGACUGGCUAUUAAAAAAAAGCGUCAGCUAAUUAGAGCUUAGAGGAAGAGGCAACACUUUGUGCAAAAACACCAGAAGUUUUCUCUCUAGGAGCAUGGGAUGGGGAGAAAAAAGCUCCAUCAGUGACCCUUUUGCUAUGUAACCUUUCCUUAAAAUGCCAGCAACUGUGCUUCCACAGAGAGAACAACAAAUAUUGAGAGAGGAAUGUGAAGGACAUUAUGAACGAAGAAAGCAAGAAAAGGGAUCUGCUCAGACAAGUUUCUCAGGAAAGGUGGAGUCUGGAUAAGAGCUGUCAGGAAAGCUUUUUCUCUGGAUUGAGGCUACCAAGUGAUAGCGAUCUUGAACCACCGUUUUAGAGGAGUGGCACCAAAAAGCCUGUUGUUAUGCUGAGUGCUUUACAGAACAAAUAACACUCCCUGCUUCCUCAGCUGCCUAAAAAUCAAGCCAUAGAUAUUGAGCUUCAAUCUGAGUACGGAACAUUCGUCCCUGCCAUCCCAGCUGCGAGAAAAAGCAAGAGCAUAAGCCGAUACUCGGAUGCUUGGUCAAGUCCCAUCCUGCCACAGCCUGAAGCAAAAAGUGCUACGCUCCCCCAGUGACAACUCGGCUCGACUCCCACCAACCCGCUGUGGGCAGGAGCAUCAGCUCAGGCUCUUCAGGCCACAGGGUCCCUCUCUCACCCAAGCCGUGGAAGCCUUUAGUCGAUUGACUUUCUCAGAGGGAGGAAAAAUGCCAGCUUCUCUAAGAAAACUGCAGCAAAUGGCUGUUUUCAUGGGACUGUUCAGUGGCGGGGGAUGCAUCAUGAUGUAUAAUCUUAUGCAAAAGAGUUUUGCCAGGACCCAGUAUUAUCAGCAGGCUUUGGAGCAAUUGAACAGCAAUCCGGAUGCCCUGGAAGCCCUGGGUGCCCCCCCCCUCAAGGUUCACAACAUCCGACUGACGGAUGGGAGUAACCGUGUGGACACAGAAAGAGCACAGAUAAAGUUACCGGUAUCUGGAACAAAAUCAGCGGGGUACCUCUAUAUUAACUCAGAGAUGGACCACUCCCGUCAAUGGUGCGUACUGGGAGAAAUGUACAGACACGGGGAGAGAAGUGGUAGGAGAAGAGAGUGGAGCGGGAUAUUUGCCUUAGUCAUCCAUGUUGCUGAGAUCAUGCACACGUGUCUGAAGGUCUUGUGAAAGGUUAUUACCAGCAUUGCGGUAAAAAUGUAAAUGAGUUGAGAAACAGAUUGAAUUCAUCCCUAUGAAUACAAACAGAACAACAUGAGCCAUUCAUUUGUGUGAAAUGUGUUCUACGAACUAUAGGUCAGUGUAUGUACAAAUACUGUGAGCCAAGGUAACGUACUGUCCCCUCCCACCCCUCCUCCCCAAGAAGGUGCAAGGCUGUUGAACAGCAGUCCUAACUGUAGUCUGGUAUCAUCUAUUGUAGUAGGGGCGUUAUCUUGCACAUUACGUCGGUUCCUCUCAAGGUGAGCUAAAAAUCAUGCAGGAUUUUUUUCAAGCUAUCCAGUAAACACAGUCUUUAUCGUUAAAAAAGUGCUAGAACAGAUACAUUACAGGAGAAGGAUGCUCUGACUCCACAUCAUAUAGUAGUGACUUUACAUUUUUGUAAUACUGAAGCCUGAAAGCCUCUCUUGUCAAGGGUAAACUGAUUCCUAGAACUGAGCAAAGAAUUACUACAUGAAUUCAAAGUCUGUCUUCCAUUGCAAAAGAGGAAAUUUCAUUAGAUGCAAACCUCCUCAUGUGUGCUUGUUCUCCGAGUUUGUUAGCUCUAUUUAGAAACCCAAAGCUACAACAUUUUUGCUCAGCUGCCACCAGCCAUAUGGUAAUGUUUUCUUUUCAUAAUUAGAUGAGCACAACUUACUGUAUUUGUUGUCUGAAUAGCUAUGUGAAGCAAGGUGUAAAAUGAUGGGAGGAAGGCACUAGGCUGGGACUUGACAGGCUCAGGGACAGACUUGGCCUCCUCCCUAGCGACCAGAGAUACGCCCAGAGGUCCCCAGCCAUUUUUCUUGCACACCUACGCUCCCUGGGCACCUGGGCUCUCAUCUCCUCACUCCUCCUCAUCCCCUCCUCACAGAUGGAGGGAAAUAACAGUUCCCUCCUGUUUCACUGAGUUACUGUGAGUUUAACGUCUUGCAAUCUUCAGU